AUGCACGAUAGCAGCAAUCAAGGCGGUCCCUCAUUGUCGGCCUCCAAGCUGAAUCCUCUCAACAUGUUGCCGAGCUUGACACAAGAACGAGCAAAGGAUCAAAAGACGGCUCUCAGUACCGAGCGGGUCCGGUCUUCGAUCCCUAGGAGUCGCGACUCGGCGGCGCCCGGUGCAAGCCCCUACGACAAGCCAUCUCCGUCGGGCUGUCCUGUCCCGCACGAGCAGCGCGAAGCCAUGACUUCCGCCGCAGAAGAUGAUGGCUCGAAGUGGGAAUAUCCUUCACCCCAGCAGUUUUACAAUGCUCUCGUACGGAAGGGCUGGGAGACGCCCGAAGAGCAUGUGGAGAUGAUGGUGCUCUGCCACAACUUCCUCAAUGAGCGGGCCUGGAAUGAAGUGUUGGAGUGGGAAAAGGAUAUGGGCGUGGAUGCAGCGAGUGUGAGUCUGGCAAGAUUCCAAGGUAGACCGGGAACGAUCAGCCCGAAGGCGAAACUUUUUUCAUGGGCUGCCAUGAUUGCGCCAAGCCGCUUCAGCUCGGAGCCACCCUUUGACCGACAUGAUUGGAUCGUCCGCCGGCCAUCUGCUUCGCAGGCUGAGAAGCGAUCGCCAUCAGAGUCGGAAGCAGGGAUGGGAGUCACCAUACCACCGGCAUCUGGGGCGACAGGCGAGAAGAACCAAGGAAAGGAAGUGCGGUAUGUCAUCGAUUACUAUUCGGGCCCUGAUGAUCCAGAGACGGACGAGCCCGUCUUCUUCCUCGACGUUAGACCCGCACUUGACAGCCCAGAGGCUGCAUGGGUCAGACUCAAGCGGACUUGGACCGAAUGGAAGAGGGGGGAAGGCUCGUCUAGCAAGAGUCAUUCGCCAUCGACGUGA